AUGGAAUCCAUGAACCUGGCUUUAUUAACCAAAUGGUGGUGGCGCUUCUUCAAUGAACCAAAUUUGCUUUGGUGCAAACUGAUAAGACCCCUCUACUACGUUAGAAGAAGGCCACUACAUAAGGGCAGAGUCUUCGUCCCUUAUUCACAGUGGUCGAAAAGCGUGCUUCGGUGCCGCGAACUAUUUACUUGUGGGGUAAUCUAUGAGCUAGGUGAUGGAAGAAAUAUUAGGUUAUGUUCCAACAUCUGGAUUGGAGAAACCCCCUUCCGCACUCUUUUCCCAAACAUCUUCGAGAAUAUUACGAACACAGAGGCUCGCAUAUCCGAGUGCUGGAAUCUGACGAAUGGAGAUGGCGCUUCAUCUGCUAUGGUUUUGCGGCGUCUCAAUUCGCUGAAAGAUGCAGGCAGCUAUCGAUGCUUAAAGAUCUGCUUCUCCAUCACUGCCCAUGCAGCAGACCGGACUCGAUCAAAUGGCGGUGGACCUUCAAUCAAAUAUUUACAGUCAAAUCCCUAUAUCAGUUCAUCACUGAUGUGA